AUGCCUGUGACUCGUGUUAAGAAGGAAGUUCCUAACAAGUGUUCUAAAUGCUUACAGCCUGGGCAUAACAGGACUAGCUGUAUGAAGCAGAGCUUAUUCUCCAACUUAACUGACCACGGAAAUGCCGAACACACCCCUGUUGUACAGAAUGUAGCGAAUUGUUUAGUUUUGGGGUCAUGGUUACUGCCUAUGCGUCUGAUCACGUAA